CUCUUACGACAAUAAUAUCAUCCCACGUGACCGUAGUAACCACAUUCUGUUAACAAUUCCGUGAUCCUGUGAGGUGACCUCACUAUCUCAAGCAUUUUACGAGGAAAGGAACCAUCCUUAAAAAUUAUAUAUCCAUACAAGCUGUACAUGUACUGUACUGUUAAAUACUUCCUUUGGAGAAAAAUCACAUUAAAAAGGUGGCACGCGUAGCCAUUAGCCUUGUGAUGUUUAAGCUAACGGCCAAGUUUGUGGACGCUACCAAUGGUGGUAUGCGGAUGGCUCAUCACGCUCUGACCACCUAUACACGCUAUGCCUACUAUUCACUCACGGACAAGAAAGGGAGGCCAUCUGGAAAGAGUGGCAUACGCUCUUCAGAAUUGUACCAACCUCGCUAUAGCUUGGACCAUGCCUGCCCAGAAGAUUUUGUACUGUCACAGUGGAGUGACAACCCAGUGCCUUAUGCAAUAUACAGGACUAUUGUGGCCUUCUAUUUUACUAUCAUGGUGUUUUACACAGCCUUUGGGGGUAACCUUGGCUGGAAGAUCUUCAUCAUGCUGACCUACUGGUCCUUUUACAUCCUCACUUUCUGUCAGAUCCUCCGUGCAGUCAAUGUUUGGCAGUACAUUGCUCUAAAGAAGGAAAAGAAAGAUAUCCAUGUUGAACUACGGAACUCCCCAAGAAUCAAGCUCCAAUGGCUACUUCACAAUAUUACUUCUGGCACUGCUCAAAUAGUUACCAUUUUAUUUUGGACCAUAGCCUAUGAUGGUUCUGGAUAUACAGUGAUAAAUCUGAACAGCCAUGGUGUUAAUGCUGUGUUUGUGUUAGUGGACACACUAGUGACGAGGACACCUAUCAGACUUCUACACUGUAUUUACGCCAGUGCCUUUGGCUGCGUUUAUAGCCUCUUUACCUUCAUCUACUUUCUGGCAGGCGGAACAAGUCAUCUCGGACAUUCCUACAUUUACAAGCCACUGAACUACGGAGUAAGUCCUGGCACUGCAGCUGCCUACAUAGUAGUGAUAGCAGCACUGGUCGCCCCUCUUUUACACAGCAUGGUGUUUUUCUUGUACAGGUUUCGAGUCUUCAUUCACCGAUUUUUGCGGACAAUGGACAGGCGUCACUCAAUGACAAAGUGAAGAUCAUAGUAUUUGCUUACAAAUUAUUUAUUUUUACCAGUUGCUUUUUUUUCUUGACAGACAUGUUUAUGUAUAUAAAGAUACAAAAGGGUGAUUUAAUUUUGAUUUCACUUUUGUAAAAUCGUUUUUGUAUAUUAAGUGUAUCUGGGUAUUAAUUUUUUGUGCUCAUUUUCACAAAUUUUGAAAUCAGUCAGGACUUAAUUGCUUAAACAAGCUUUUUAUACAUCAGUUGUGAAUCUCUCUUUAUGUCCGCAUCAUUUGAAAAUGACUGGUGUAGUAUGUACCAUUGUAACAGGUAUAAUAGAAUAUAUUUCAUAGAAAACAAAAGACCAGACUCAGUGACCUUAUGGUGAAGUUUUAGCUAUUAACAGUCUAUUUCAUCUUCAGUUGAUUGUCGUACAGUGUAUACUAAAUAUGCUGGACAACAUUGCCAGUUUAAAAUGUUUCUCGCCCAUUUAAUGCAUUAUUUGUCUUUCAUCUUGUUAUCUAAGCUAGAAAUGUGAGGGCACAAUAAUUCAUAUUAUUAAAAUAUAAACAAACAUUGGUAACUUUCCAACCAACAUUGGUAAAUUUCCUGUGUUCCAUGUUAGUUUCUACAUUGUCUAACCACUUUGUGCUACAAUUUACAAGAAGUGCUAAAGCUUUAUGAGUUUGUGGAUUUGUUUUGUUGUAUCGUAAUGUACACGUCUUAUGUCAUGGUUUUGGUGCUCUUUUCAAGAUAUAAGAAAAAUGUGAAUUUUAAGUGUUUCUAUAAAUGUUCAUGUGUUUUGUCAAAAAUAGUUGACUGCAAGAAUGGUAUUAUACCGUAUAGAUUUGAGCUGCUUAGUUUACAAUUUUUUUCAAAUAUGGAAGGAAAUAAUGCAAACCAUCAAAAUUUUGAAUUUUGAAUAAUUUAAAUUUGAAACAGGUAAAUAAAGAAAUUAUUAUAUAUCUUUCACCUGCUCUAAAAAUGCUGAUAAAAAUUCAAACUGACAGGUCAUUUUGGUUUAUAAUUUUCUAUAUGUUUGUGUACAUAUUUUCUAGUCUAUAUUACAUGUAUACCCUUACCUUUUAUCGUACUGGUAUUCAACUAUGAUGCAAACUUUGCCAUAUCAAUGCAAAUAUUUAAGUCAAGUCAUAGAUGUUUAUAUUUUAUUUGAGAUUAUUUUGCUCGUGCGCUGCUGUGCUACUGUAAUUGAUAUUGUGACAUUAGUACUUUUACUCUUAUUAUAAAUCAUACAUAUAUGAGAUUGGUUACCGACGGAGCGAAUUUUUUACUCGUGUAUCUGCAAUAUAUACAUUAUGCUAUAUGCAUAUAAAUAAAACUUUUGGUGUAAUUGUGCUACAUAGAUAAAAGCUAUAAUUUAUUUCUAAACAAAAAAAAAUACAGGAAUGAAAUAUUUCAUUUCUAAUCAGUAAAUUUACAUGAGAUCUAAGCUUGAAAUGCUAAAUCAAUAUAGUAUUCAAAUAUGUACCAUUAAAUAACAAACACGGUUUGAUCUUAGAAUUGAAUCUCCAUUUGUACCUUUACGCAUUGUUAUCCAUAUUAUCAGAGUCUUUAGUCGAAUAUAUGUAACAUAAGCCUACUACAGACUGAGGUGACCACCAUACGUGUAUAUUUACGGUAUGUGAUGUUAGUUUUGUAAGCUAAAUUACUGUCCCGAAUGUGUUGUCAUUGUGUUGACAUUUUAUUGUGAUGUCACAGUGAUGACCAUGUUAUAGAGAAGAGAGAUUUCUCCAAUACUCUGUACUUCUCAUGUUAUGUACCCUUUGAACUGUAUAUAUGGUAUCAGUCUGAUUAAAAUCAUAUCCUACAUUCUCUACGUAUCACGUUUAUUGUGAUACGUAGUGAAUGUAGGAUAGGAUUUUAAUCAGAUUGAUAUGGUAUCUACUUAUAUAUCAGUGUUGGUGGCUUAGCCGGCCGUUGUUUUACUAUAAUUAAUGUAUUUCUGUAAACUGUGCCUGUUAAGAUAUUUUACUGUUGUAAUUAAUAUGGCUGCCUUUGUGAACAACCAAAGGGGAGGUCACUCUGCAACGUUUGUGUGGCUACAAAACAGUUGCUACUGUUUGCAGAUUAUAGAUUAUACAGUCAUAUUUUGGUUGGUAAGAUGAAUAAUCAAAUUCAACAUGAAGUAAAAUUUCAAAGCAAACAAUCUCAAAAAAAAAAAAAAAUAACAUUAACUCAGCAAAGAGCAAGCUGUGUGAAUUUUCUCUUUUUAAAAUGAGGGUUGAGAUAAAACUGCAAAAUAUAAAGCUGUAUAACAUAUUCACAAUAAGAAUAUUACUACACAAAUUGUUUUUACAUUAUGUAAGUUACUCAUUAAGAAGAAAAGUCUUUUCCUUGUCAUUGUCUGUGCAGGACUCGCUUGUAUAGAUUUUCAUCAAUUUAAUGACACAGUGAAAUAAAAAUUACAAAAAUGAUGUUUACAUAAUGUCUCGUUAUUAAAGCAAAAUAUGCUUAUUAUCGGGUUCAAAUGAUAACCACCUGAUACUUCACACAAAAAGACUCAUAUUCUAGUAGACAUUUAAACAAAAAUAAUGUGUACUUAAAAACUUGGUACGUGUCAUUUAACUAUUAAAAAUUAAUACAAGAUCCCGAAAUGUUAAAAUAUAAUCAUUCCUUCAUACUUUCACCUGACUGGUGUAAAACGUUAACUUUCUAUUUGGAAAACCUUGAUAAUGAGUCGAGUAUGUUGUUAUUUAAAGUACACCAGAUGUAUCCCGAGACGCACUUUAUAUACAUCAGAAUGACAUAUAAGGUGCAUCUGGGACAUGGUGUUCAAAGCCCCAUAACACUGGCAACAUGUUGUAAAUCAUGUUAUUGCAAUUUUUGUAUCUGGUAACGUGUACGUAUACAUUAAUCAUGCUUAUAUAUAAUAUUUGUUGAAAUAUGCACAACUACAUGCACGAAUAUAGUGGGAUAUUUACUUUUUCUUUCGUUUUCUUUAUUUUAUAUCGUCACUUAUAUAUUUUUUUUUAUAUCAAAACAAAGUUUAAUAACUUUUUGAAUAGCUUGACUUAGUUGCAUUGCGUAAAAA